AGAAAAGUAGAGGGAAGGAAACCGUGGUGAUGGAAUUAGGGAAAAGUGGGACUCCUCCCCACGAGCACUGCUAUUAUCCAGCUCAUUUCUAAGGAUUCGGUUUCUGCCAUUUCUGAGAGCUGCUUGAGGCCGAGUGAAUGUGGUUUUGAAAGAUUGCUAAAACAAAUAAUGGAGGCCAGAGUGGUGCGUGCAGUGCAGAAAAGGCAAGUGUUAUUUCUUUGUGUGUUUCUGGGAGUGUUUUGGGCUGGCGCAGAACCGCUUCGGUAUUUUGUGGCAGAGGAAACGGAGAGAGGGACCUUUCUGGCCAAUCUAGCAAUUGAUCUGGAGUUGGGGGCGGGGGAACUGUCAGCUCGGGGAUCUAGAAUCAUUUCAGAUGAGAACAUAGGAUUUUUACUCCUCAAUCCGCUUACUGGUGAUUUGCUUCUAAAUGAGAAAUUAGACCGAGAGGAACUGUGCGGACCCACAGAGCCGUGUGUGCUGCCUUUCCAGUUGUUACUUGAAAAGCCUUUUCAGAUUUUCCGUGCUGAACUAUGGGUCAGAGACAUCAAUGAUCAUUCUCCAGUAUUUCUAGAUAGAGAGAUUACCUUGAACAUAUUAGAAAGUACCACUCCAGGGGCAACAUUUCUCCUAGAAAGUGCACAGGAUUCAGAUGUUGGAAUCAACAACCUGAGAAACUACACCAUCAGCUCCAAUGUCUAUUUCCAUAUUAAUAUCCAUGAUAGCGGGGAGGGGAAUGUUUAUCCCGAAUUGGUAUUGGAUAGAGUGCUGGAUCGUGAAGAGGUUCCUGAGCUCAGGUUAACCCUCACCGCCUUGGAUGGCGGCUCUCCGCCCAGAUCGGGAACCACCCUCAUACGCAUCCUGGUUUUGGACAUAAAUGACAACGUCCCUGAAUUUGUAGAGUCCCUUUACAAGGUGCAGGUGCCCGAGAACAGCCCUCUUGGCUCGCUGGUUGUCGCUGUGUCAGCUAGAGAUCUAGAUACCGGAAGUAAUGGAGAAAUAGUCUAUGCAUUUUUUUAUGCUACUGAAAGAAUUCUCAAAACGUUUCAAAUCAAUUCAACAUCUGGCAAUCUUCAUCUUAAGGCUCAAUUGAACUACGAGGCAAUACAAACUUAUACAUUAACUAUUCAGGCCAAAGAUGGUGGAGGGCUUUCUGGAAAAUGUACUGUGGUGGUCCAUGUAACAGAUGUAAAUGAUAAUCCACCGGAACUGCUCAUGUCAUCACUUACUAGUCCAAUUGCAGAAAACUCACCAGAGACAGUAGUAGCUGUCUUUAGGAUUAGAGACAGAGAUUCAGGGAACAAUGCAAAGAUGGUGUGUUCCGUCCAAGACCAUCUCCCCUUCGUCCUGAAGCCAUCGGUAGAGAAUUUCUACACCCUGGUAACAAAGAGACCCCUAGACAGAGAGAGCCAGGCCGAGUACAACAUCACCAUCACCGUCACCGACCUGGGGACCCCCAGGCUGAAAACCCAGCACAACCUAACGGUGACGGUGUCCGACGUCAACGACAACGCCCCGGCCUUCAGCCAAGCCGCCUACACCCUGCGGGUGCGCGAGAACAACAGCCCCGCCCUGCACAUCGGCAGCGUGAGCGCCACGGACAGAGACUCGGGCGCCAACGCGCAGGUCACCUACUCGCUGCUGCCGCCCCAGGACCCGCAGCUGCCGCUGGCCUCGCUGGUGUCCAUCAACGCGGACACCGGGCAGCUGUUCGCGCUCAGGUCGCUGGAUUUCGAGGCGCUGCGGGCGUUCGAGUUCCGCGUGGGCGCGGCCGACCGCGGCUCGCCGGCGCUCAGCAGCCAGGCGCUGGUGCGCGUGCUGGUGGUGGACGACAACGACAACGCGCCCUUCGUGCUGUACCCGCUGCAGAACGGCUCGGCGCCCUGCACCGAGCUGGUGCCCAGGGCGGCCGAGGCGGGCUACCUGGUGACCAAGGUGGUGGCGGUGGACGGCGACUCGGGCCAGAACGCCUGGCUGUCGUACCAGCUGCUCAAGGCCACGGAGCCCGGGCUGUUCGGCGUGUGGGCGCACAGCGGCGAGGUGCGCACGGCCAGGCUGCUGAGCGAGCGCGACGCCGUCAAGCACAGGCUGGUGGUGCUGGUCAAGGACAAUGGCGAGCCGCCGCUGUCGGCCAGCGUCACGCUGCACGUGCUGCUGGUGGACGGCUUCUCGCAGCCCUACCUGCCGCUCCCGGACGCGGCGGCGGCCGAGGCCCGCGCCGACCCGCUCACCGUCUACCUGGUGGUGGCCUUGGCGUCGGUGUCGUCGCUCUUCCUGUUCUCGGUGCUGGUGUUCGUGGCGGUGCGGCUGUGCAGGAGGAGCCGGGCCGCGUGCGAGGGCCCGUUUCCGGGCCACCUGGUGGACGUCAGCGGCGCGGGGACCCUGUCCCACAGCUACCAGUACGAGGUGUGUCUGACGGAAGGAUCUGGGACCAAUGAAUUCAAGUUCCUCAAGCCCAUUAUCCCUAAUCCUCAGCUUCAGAGCACAGGGAGGGAAGUGGAAAAAAAUUCUUCCUUCCGAAAUAGUUUUGGGAUAUAA